AUGAGUUUUCAGAUCGAUGUUGACAAUGUCCAUUCAUCGAUGUUGAGUUAUAACAUACUUCAGAAUGAUACCCAAUUUAAAGUUAGACACAUUAAUGGCUUUGAGAAGUUUCUCUUCUCAGCCGGUUUUGAUACUCACGAGACAAAAGUAACAAAACGUAAACCGGUGCAUUCAUCUCGUUUCAUAUAUAUGAGAGAUGCAAUGAGACGUUAUAGGAACACAAUGCGUCCAUUAACUUUGGCUGAUUCAUACAGCCUACGCGGUUUCUAUUUACCUAAAAUUGAUUUUGUGAAAUAUCGUGCACCAGUCUGGACAAUAAAAAACCGUUACGCAGAAAGAGAAGUUUACUAUCAGCCAAGACCGACCGUGCCUGGUUCAGAUGACAAAUAUAAGCAGAAAUGUGAUCAGGGUUGGACAAUAGCUGGCUGUUUCAAACCAGAAAAAGUUGAGCAAAAACCACCUUACUACGACACAAGAAGAUAUAAAGAAGUGAGUAGUUCAUGUACUCGACAUACCAUUAUUAUCGACAAAUGUUCAGCAUAUGUUAAACAUGCUAAGAGAGUAAAGCAUCGAAAAACAGCGAAAACCGAUGUUGUGGAAGAAAAACAGAUAUUGCAAGAAACUAAAUCGGAUGUUAAAACGGAAUUGAAACAAAAAAAUACCGAUCCCAUUAAACCAGGGCAAUCUGAUGAAAAAGAACUAAUAGAAGGAGAACUGGAUAAAACGAAAAAAGUAGAAGAAUCGCAAACAGUUGGCUGUGCAGUAGCCCAUCUCGUCCGCACUCACGAAGAAAGAUUUUUGUGA